CGAGGCUCAAGUUCCUCGCCAAGUAUCACAACAUUAGCACCCAGAACUGCCUCGACAUCGAGGACGUGAUAGACAAGCUUAGCAAAGCGGGCGUCAACGACAGGAUGGCCGCGGAGACUCCCGACGAGGAGACCCUCGCCAUGAGGGCUGCAGUGAGGAGAAAAGCGUGGAAGCCGGCUUUUGCUCCUACGCCGUACAAUCAUGGCGACGAGAUCGUGCCCCCUGGCGGCAUUCCCGGCAUGAAGGGCAGGACUCCUGGGUGCAAGUACGGGCACCCGAUGAUAUUGGACACUCGGGACUCCAACUUCCGGUCCAAGCGCUACUGCGACAUGUGCCGCCAUUUCGGCACGCAGUACACCUGCUCUCAGAGGCCGCGCUGCGACUACGACAUGUGCGCAAGGUGUUACGAGAAGGGCGGCCACGCCGUCAUCGGGCCCUGAGGCGCUCGCUCGGCGGCCACGGCUCCUCGCCGGGCCUGGCGUGGGCCGCGCCCUCUGGCUGCCCCUCUCGUUGUCGUUCCCAGCGGCGGAGGAGGGAGG